CUAACUGAAAAGCUUCCUCCAAUCAAAAGUGUUCUUUUACUGGCCUCUUGGUUAGUAUUGAAAGGCAUCAUGGCGGAGGGUUUACAGAAGCGGUUACAGAAUGAAGUCGAAAAGUAUCAAAGUGUUCAAAAAGAUAUCCAGAAGUAUAUCAUGGGAAAGCAGAAACUUGAUGCUCAGCUCAAUGAGAACACUUUAGUAAAAGAGGAACUGGACAUGCUUGAAAAGGAAUCUUGUGUAUACAAAUUGAUAGGUCCAGUUUUGGUAAAGCAAGAUCUUGAGGAAGCUAAACAGAACGUCCAGAAACGUAUUGAUUAUAUCUCUAGUGAAUUGAAACGCCAUGAAAAUACUAUUAAAGACCUUGAAAAGAAACAGGAAACCCACCGUGAGAACCUCGGCAAAUUACAACACCAAUUCCAACAGGCUCAAGUGAAGGCUGCUGUCAGAGCUUAAACCUGUCACUAUUUUUAUUCUCCAUUAAAAAAAUUUUUUUUUUAUUAAUUUAAAUAACAUUCGAAUAAAGAAGAAUGUAAAUGACACUGAACAUUUAUUUGCGUGAUAUGAAGUUUGAACAGCUAUCUCUGCUAGGUGUGCAGUUCUUUAGUUUAAAGAGCUGGAUAUCUAGCUUUGCUAUGUAUACUCUUCUAUGGUUUAGAGAAUUGGACAACUAGCUCUGCCAAUUUAUUAUUCAGGCUAUAUAAACCGAAUGCUUUACUCAACUAAGUGUACAGUAUGUUAGGUUGGACAAUGAAAUUUGACUCUGCUAAGUGCCCAACUUUAUGUACUGAUUCUAACCAUAGAAAUACUUCUGCAUUUUCAUCCCCCAUCUUAAUGAUUUUAUGUCUCCUAUUAAUAUAGGAGGAUGAAUUGACUCACUAUUCUUAGUGACAAUUUUCAUCUAUUUUCACUGAGUUCUGCCUUUUAUCUAUCUUUCCAACAUGGAACUCUGUGUCUAUUUGUAUUAAAUGAUAGCUCAUUAAAAUGCUUUUACUAUUUUC